GCGGCGGGAGUGUGACGGUUAAGGGAGCCAGAGCCGGUCAGUGGUGAGGAGCUAUGACGACCUCCCAGAAGCACCGCGACUUCGUGGCCGAGCCCAUUGGGGAGAAGCCCGUGGGCAGCCUGGCGGGCAUCGGAGAAGUACUGGGCAAGAAGCUCGAGGACAAAGGCUUAGACAAGGCCUACGUGGUUCUGGGCCAGUUCUUGGUCCUGAAAAAAGACGAAGACCUCUUCCGGGAGUGGCAAUGUGGGGCUAAUGCCAAGCAGUCUCGAGAUUGCUUUGGCUGCCUUCGAGAACGGUGUGAUGCCUUCUUGUGA